AUGGGCGAAUCUUCUGCUUGGCGUAGGCACUCGUUCUCUCAACCUUCUUCUCCUACUUCCAGUGCAGAAAAACAGGGAAAUUCGUUGAAACGGGCUCUAACAUCAUCAGUGUCCUUUGGAAGAUUCAUGUCUGAACAGUUGGAUUGGGAAAAAUGGUCUACGUUUACUCAUAAUCGCUACUUGGAAGAUGUUGAGAAGUAUUCCAGGCCUGGUUCUGUUGCUGAGAAGAAGGCUUUCUUUGAAGCUCAUUAUAGAAGGAGAAAUGCAGCAUUGGUAGAGCAACAAAAUGCAAUGACUAGCAAUUAUACAGAAUCGAAUAUAACAAAUGUGGUGAUCGAAGAAACAAAGGCAGAUGCUGUUCGGAAUAGGGAGCUUGCAAAUGGUUGUAUCGUUACUGUCGAUGAAAAAAAAUUGGACGAUGCCUCGACUGGAGGAGAAGAAAAGGCUACAGAACUGCCUGUUCUCACAGAAAAUCUGGUACAGUUUUCAAUCCAGCUAGAAAAUGAUGGGCAUGUUGGCCAUAGCAUGCCCAAUGAAGAGGAUAAGGCGUGCAGCAAGGUUGCCACCACUACGAGAGAUUCAGAAUCGUCAGACAAGAAGAAAUCUGCAUUUUCAAUCGCAAAGUUGUCAACAAAUGGUAUUGCAUUAAAGCUUGUACCACCUGCUAAACCAGAAACGCCUGUUCAUCUCAGGAAGAAUGACCGUACAACUUUAAAUAGCAACACUGUGCUAAAUUCAAUUAGCAAAAAGAACUUGACUGCAAUGUCCCUUCACAUGUCCGUCAAUUUUGCUUCUUGUGCUGGUGAAACCAAAAAAGUAUCAUCUGUGGGGCUGGAGAAAAUUGUAAAUUCAAGACUCAUCAAGACUCCAGUCCAGACAUCUAAAGAAAAUGCUCUUCAACAAACUUCAACUGAGGCAUCUGUGGAUGGUAUAUUAAAGCGUCGUUCAGUAAGCCCUCAACCAGAAAAGAGAAGGACUAUAGCAAAACAUGAUAAAUCAAUUUCAGAAAACAGAACGGUGACGGGGAAAGUGCAGUCCCCAAAUUUGAGGUAA